UUUACUCAUUUGUGGGGGCGGAAUCAGCGGCUUCGAUCUAACGUGGGCGGUGUGGAUGGUGUGGAAUGGGUGGAAGGGUGGAAGUGUAAACGGGAGGAGCGAGGAAUCCAAAUAGUUGUUAAUGUUUCAAUAAUACUUUAAAAGACAAGCCUGUUGUAAUUCCAUUAACAUAGAAUCCGGUAACGCUGAAAGUACAGUGUAACAAACUCAGUACAACUUAAAGUAAUUAUUCAAUAAUAUGCUGUGCUGAACAUUUGUUAAAUAUUAUUAUUCUCGGUCAGUGAGUGAUACACGGUAUUUGUUUUUUUUAAAUAUCUUGUGAUACAUUACUUAUUGAUCGACACGAUGGCAAGCUUUGUGAAUUGUAUCAUGUUGAAGAAAUACGUUUUGUUAUUUGCAUUUAUGCUGAGUCAAGUUAAUAGCGAGGAGAACGAUCAUGUACAUAAACAUGCCACGGAGUACACGAAAGAUGAUUUUUCAGCAGAGAUACAAAAGAAGAAUCAUUUCGUCAUGUUUCAUGCUCCUUGGUGUGGUCACUGUCAAAGACUGGAACCUACCUGGGAACAAUUAGCUGAAAUGUCUAACCAAGAAGAUAACAUAAAAAUUGCUAAAGUGGAUUGUACCACGGACCAUAGUUUAUGCACAGAACACGAUGUCACUGGCUAUCCUACGCUGAAAUUUUUUAAAGCUGGGGAAGCCAAAGGCACAAAGUACAGAGGUCGAAACGAUUUGUCAUCCCUCAUUUCUUUUCUUAGUGAUCAACUGGGCACAGCAUUUGGGAGUGGGGACGUCGCAUCACUGCCGCCUGGAGCAGUGAACAGUUUAUUAGAGUUAACGACAGACACUUUUUAUAAACAUGUAUUUACUGGCUACCAUUUUAUAAAUUUCUAUGCACCUUGGUGCGGUUUCUGCAAAAAAUUAGCUCCUGUCUGGGAGGAAUUAGCCAAUAGUUUGCGCAAUAAUAAUCACGUUAGCAUUUCUCGUGUCGAUUGCAUUUCGCAUCCUAUUGUUUGCGAAAAAUUCGAAAUAGAGGGGUUUCCAACGAUGCUUUGGAUCGAGGACGGGAAGAAGGUGGACAAAUACACCGGGCAACGUACUCACGAAGAAUUGAAAGCUUACGUUUCGAAGAUGCUCGACAAAGGAGAAGACCAAGUCAAGACUGAUAAUUCGGAUAGUACGGCGCACGCAGUGCUAAGUUUGACAGGUGAAAGUUUUAAACACGGAAUCGAGAAAGGCGUUUCGUUCGUCAAGUUCUUCGCGCCUUGGUGCGGUCAUUGCAAGCGUUUGGCGCAGAUCUGGAAAGAUCUUGGGAAAAAGUUCGUGACGGACGAUAACGUGAAGAUAAUCAAAGUAGAUUGUACUUUAGACGUGAGCAAAGAGCUGUGCAACGAACAAGAAGUAGAUGGUUUUCCAACUUUGUAUUUAUAUCGCGACGGUGUCAAAGUUUCUGAAUACAUUGGUGCUCCUAUUCUGGACGAUCUCUACGAAUUUGUGAUGAAUCACGUGCAACCGCACGACGAACUAUGAUCACGUUUUUUCCACAAUUUACAAGUAAUAGCGAUUACUUAAAUCUAGAUAUUAACAUGUAACAACUUAAUUCAUAAUUAUACGUAACAAACCCCAGUGUAUCCAGGCCGUAUACAUAUAUUUUUCAAAACAAAAAUCUCUUACAAAACUUUAUAUUUUUGCGUGAAUAAAUCGUAUACUUCCAAAGCGUA